UGGAGAAAGGAGAUUCCCUUGCAUCAUUGGUUUCUUCGAUCUUUUCAGAAACAGCGGGAGCUUGGGGGAUGAAAUGAAAAGGAGCUCCUUCUUCUAAGGGCAGUGGGGAAACCAAUGGCAGGCGUCCUUAGUUGCCGGAGCUUGGUCGGAAAUUUUCGUUGGGACUUUGAAUUUCUUCCGGACACGCAAAUUCGGACACCAUCGUUGUCUCAGAUUCGCAUUUCAAGACUCCAUCCUUCUCCAAGAGUCGCAGUAUGCAGGAAGGAGUCGGCGGAUUUCGUGGGAAGGAGGAGCUCAAGCGAGGUUGGUAAGGAAAUUCAGAAAUGCUAUGAACUCAUAAACAGGCUCGGAAGAGGGGUUGUUUAUCUUGGUUCUUCAAGGAUAGAUCCAUGCCACCCACAUUACAUCCAGGCAUUUGAGUUGGGAAGAGAGAUAGCAAAGCUAUUGGACUGCACAACAUGGACAGGAGCAGGGCCUGGGCUAAUGGAUGCAGCAAUUAAAGGUGCUCUUGAGGCAGGAAAACCUGUUGGUGGCCUAAAGAUAGGAAGGGAGGCUACUGAAUGGAUUGCCUCAAGUAUCCAUCCUUACCUUCCUUCUGAAACAUAUUUAACUUGCAGAUUUUUCUCUGCACGGAAGCAUGGCCUCGUGGAUGCUGCUGUUAGGAACUGUGAUUCUGACAGAACAGCUAUAGUUGCUUUCCCUGGUGGAGUGGGCACCCUAGAUGAGAUAUUUGAGAUAUUGGCAUUGAUUCAGCUAAAGAGGAUAGGAUCUAAAUUUCCGGUUCCUUUUCUUUUGAUGAAUUAUGAUUCUUUCUACUCGAGGCUUUUGGACUUCCUUGAUGACUGUGAACAUUAUGGUGCCCUCUCCAGAGGAGAGCUUGCAUCAAUAUGGAAGAUUUGUAGUGAUAACCAUGAAGCUCUUGCUUACUUGGCUGAAUUUUAUGGCCUCUCAUCAAAUUUAGAUUAUAUGCUAAAUUAGCAAGAACAUACAUGAAUAAUUUUCCAAAGGAGAAUAUACUAUGUGAAUGCACAAAGGGCAAUUAUUGUCAGGCGAAUCUCUCUGAUCCAAUCAAGGAUUCAAGAAGGAAACGCAGUCUCAGGAAGAAAAGGUGGUGUCCUCUUGCUCCAGUUUUCUGACUUGCCUAAUGUCCGUGGUCAUGUCUGUCGUCAUAAGCUUAUGUAUUGUUCAGACUUCUUUCAUUUAUAAACUCUCCUGCAUUCGGUUGGUUGACAUA